AUGGAGUCUGAUGUACCAGCGCCAUUCCUGGAACACUUGCGCAGCGAGCGCGACCGUCGUCCAGGUCCUCGAGGAGACAUGGCCGAGGAAUUUGAGUUGGAUCCCAGCAUCACAGCAGCUGGAGGAACGACCAUGGUGAUGGCGACCAUGGCUGUGGACUGGUCUGAAAAGCAUGGUCAGCACGGCACGGAUCACCUGGCACAAGUUUGGGCCACGAUGCUGGAGAGUGGCAGUCUGACAGCAAAGACCUUCGCAGUACUUGUGCAGCAGAUGGCGCUGCAGGGUUCCGAACAGUCCAGCAAUGUCCAGCAGCUCUUUGACUGA